CCGGGCCCCCUUCUGCUUCUCAAACGCCCAAAAGAGGUUUUCUCGGUCUGCUCCGAUUAAUACCCGGCCGGGUAUUUCUGCUCAUGGCCGGGUAUUUUGCUCCUCCAGCACACUUCAACUCAAACGUGCUCCUUUCGACUCGAAACUCAUUUCUUUGCCUCGAUGCCAACGCCAGGACCUGAAAUAUGACAUAAACACACAACCUAGCAUGAAAUCAGCUUAAAACACGAGAAUCAACAUCUCAAACAGCUCAAGAAUAGGGGUAAAAACAUGUUCAAUCAAUGGUCUAUCAGUUACUCGAGCAGCUCCACUACUUGAACGAGAUCUCCACCGCCAUCAGCCACCAGGAUUGGCGGACGUUGCUGACUAUCGAGGAUCCCACCUACACAGAGCUGGUGUGGGAUUUCUACACCACCUUCCAUUACCACCCCAAGGCGGCCAUGGACUCUCUCGCAGUCACUCUCAGGCUGGGUGGCAGGCAACGGCAGCUGAUCAUUGAUGGGUUGGCCUACGCCAUGGGGAUCCAGUACCAUCCCUUCUCGCACCACGAGGUGGAGAUCCCGAACCCGUCGGACUGGAAAAUGGCCAAGUGUAACCACCUCCUAAAGCGUAGUAUAGCGGGUUUGGGUUUUAAUGUCAACCCGAGUCCUAGAUGUGAUGACUACUCCGUGAGUUCUUAUUAUUUAGCAGUGAAACUUUAGUGAAGGUGAAAUUAAAGCAAACAAGCAAGCAAGUAAAAAGGGUGUUUCAAGUCGAGAGAGGUCACCCGGAUAUGGUUCCCCCUAGACUGCAGUUAAGCCAGAUUGUAAUUUACCAAGUUCAGUUUCAAUGAUAGUUAUGUUGCGGGAGAUUCUUAAAUAGUCUGAAGUCUCGACUAAAGGUCUCCAGACCCUCUCAAUCUGAGUCUACAGCGGGCGACUAACCUCCACCGGAGUAAACAAAUUGAGGCCCUAACAAACCAAACCUCCACUACCGAAGCAAAUUCGGUACAGAAUAGUGAAUUGCCUCCUCGACUAAAGUCGCCAACUCACUACCUUCAAUUAAGGGUGCUCUAUCAACCUAGGCAGAUAUUCUCUUUCUAGGUUAAAGUAGAAACAACAGGAAUUUGAUCAGGAUUCAUGCCAUUCAAUAAAUCAAACCUCAAUUGAAUAUAAUCAAAUCAAUGAAUCUGUACUUGGGUUCAUACAAUCAGACCUAACAUACAAAUGUGAAUAAGAAAACUACUCCAUAGAGAGAGAUGGGAAAUCUAGCUCAGAUGCGGAAACCAUACUGUGAAGGAUGAUAAUCUGCUUCUGGCACUCAAUCAGGUCUUCUCCAAGCUGAAGGCGGGCUCCAAUGGUGAUGGAGAUCGAUCUACAACACUUGCAGAGUCAGGUUCGUCACUUUCUCUCUCUAGGUCGCACUUUUUCUCUCUAAAACUCGGAACCCUUUUCUCCUUUGCUGAAAAUUGGGUUAAAACCCAGAAAAUCCCCACUCACACAGCCAGGCCACACGGCCGUGUGACAUCCCCAGCUGCCCGUGUGAGAUGUGCAAACCGCGGCGUUUUGAUAAGUGACUCAAGCUUCCUACACGGCCACGACCCACACGACCGUGUGGAAUUCCAGGAUGCCCGUGUGAGUUCCCUGGAAUUUCCACACAGCCCGUGUGACUUUGCUCGUGCAAUUUGGUGCCACACGGCCGUGUAGGUUUUAGGCCUGCCCGUGUGGCUCCAUCUGCUUCACGCCACAUGUCCAAUCUUCGUCCAAUCGACCCCAAACUCGUCCCCAAACCUUCAUUCACGUAUUAGGACUUGAAAUAUCACAAACAAGAACAACCUAGCGUGAAAUUGGCCUAAAACGCGAGAAUCGACAUCUCCAACGGCUCAAGAAUAGGGGUAAAAACAUGUGAAAUUAACGGUCUAUCAAACUCCCCCACACUUAACCGUUUUCUUGUACCCAAGCAAAACUAACUCAAACCAAUGCAACUCUCCAGACCUCUAUAGCAACAAACAACCCCGAUCGUCGGUAGAGGAUUUUUUAGAUCAUAUAGCAGCUUACGAGGUCAACUGGUUUUCUAAGACGUUCCCUAUCUCUCUCAAUGCGAGUACUAGACUCAAGCCAGGAUCAUGAGAAGCAGUGGAAGUAAGACAGUCAGUUCAUGGAUAAAGGGACUCACACCAUUCACAAUCAAGGACUCGCGAUACCGGGGGUGCUCUUUCACUUCAUUUCACCAUUGGAACCCCUUUUUCACUUCCAUUUUACUUCUUUUUUUUCCUAUUUUCAUUCACUUAGCGGGGGUUCCAAUUGCAGUCUUUCGCACGGUCGACCCUUAUUAGUCGAGCAAGAGCAAUUUCUGUACAUCUGGUGCUCGCCAGAGUACUUCUUUUAACUCAUUUUCCUCAACUCGUGUGAAGGGUCAAUGAAAUUAAGAGGGGUCGGAAGCUCUAUCCGUGCCCUUAAAAACACAUCCUCAAGUAGGCAAGCCGUUCAAUGGGUGGAAGUUUUACUUGUACUAGAGACGGCUUAGCUUCACCUUGUAGGAGUACCCCACUAAGGAUCACUAAAAUCUCUUCCAAAACCCGAUUUUGUGCAAUGAACGGGUCCACACACG